AAGAUAUUCAUUUUUAGGCCGAAAAAUUUGUAGACCCUAAUUUUAUGUUUACUGAAAAAAUCAGAAUGGCUAAAGCAGCACAGCAGAAGACUGAAAUCUUGAUUGACUGGGAAAAAACAGCUAUUACUGGACCUGUUCUUGGAUUUCAUGCAGGAUGUGUCGUGGGCAACAAUUUCUACAUCCAUGGCGGAGUUGAAUCCAUGGACAGCAAGACACCUUCUAACAGGCUUUAUCAGUUGAGUAGUUCUGAGGGAGCUUGGACAGAGCUUUCCUUCCCAGGAAGCCCCUCUCUCAGUCAUCAUGCAGCUGUAGACAUAAAUGAUAGAUACAUCAUUUUGAUUGGUGGGUGGAAUGGAAAGUCACGCUCCUCAAAAAUCUAUGCUUUUGACACUGAAAAACAGCAAUGGACUGAACCAACAGUGACAGGUUUUCCUGAAGAUGGGGGACUGAGCUCACAUACAGCCACUGUUCUUAAUUCAGGCAAAAUUUUGAUCUUAGGACGUGAAGGAAGCCUUCGGAUGCAGCGCCGUCAUGGUAGCAUGUACUUGUUGUCAGGAAGUGUGGAGUCAGGGAGAUUUAUAUACAGGGAAUAUACUCAAGCUACAGCAUCUAGGUCAGGUCAUACAGCCAACGUAAUUGGAAAUGUACUGUGUAUUGUUGGAGGUAGGGACAGUAACCUUAUAGAAAUACAUACAGGAUUUAAAUCACUAAAAUCACCAGCACCAGUAACCAAUCAAAUUACCAGAAUUGUGGACAAACUCCCAUCUGUAUCUAAAACACCUGCUGGGAGAAAAAAUCAUGUAUCUGUUGUUUCCCCUGGGGCAAUUUUAAUUCAUGGUGGAGAAACCUUUGAUGGAAGAAAUAGGGAACCUGUUGGAGAGAUGUUAAUUUUUGCCACGAAACCCUGCAAUACUUUUUAUAAAGUGGGUGUGUCUGAAGUGAAGAGGGCUGGACAUGUGUGUGGAGUUGUUGGGGAUGAAAUUAUUCUUCAUGGGGGAUUUGGGGGCAAAAAGCAGUUGUAUGGAGACACUUUUUUUCUAAAAUUUAAAAAGUAACGUUUGAAAGAUCACCAAUCUAAUUAAAAUCAGACUUUUUAGAUUCGCACCCUAUACACUCUGCUUAAGCAGUGUUUAUACAGCACCGAUCUAAGAAGUCUAAUUUUAAUUAGAGAAAGAUCACCUAAUCAAAGUACAUUUAGCUAUUUGAACAGUACUAUCCUAUUUUAUAA